GACCAAAGAAAAUCAGCUGCUGACUGCAGUGUAUUUAUAUGUAAUGCUUGUGAAAAUAUUUGAAAACGCAUUUAAUUUCGGGCAAUCCGGAAUGGGGCAGACCAGUUUAGACAAAAUCAUUGCACUUCAGAAAAAAGCGGCAAAUAUCAGGAAUAUUUGCAUUUUAGCACAUGUGGAUCAUGGGAAAACAACAUUAGCAGAUUGCCUGGUUGCCAGCAAUGGUAUCAUCUCUAGUCGGUUAGCAGGAAAGCUCAGAUACUUGGAUAGCAGAGAAGAUGAACAGAUUCGGGGAAUUACAAUGAAAUCCAGCGCAAUAUCACUGCACUUUUCCAGUGAUGGAAAAGACUACCUCAUCAACCUGAUUGAUUCUCCCGGUCAUGUGGACUUUUCCUCUGAGGUGUCGACAGCAGUCCGGCUGUGUGAUGGGGCCAUUGUAAUUGUGGACGCUGUGGAAGGAGUGUGUCCUCAGACACAAGCCGUGUUACGACAAGCCUGGCUGGAAAACAUCCGUCCUGUGUUAGUGAUCAAUAAAAUCGACAGACUGAUAACUGAACUGAAACUAACCUCCCAGGAGGCCUAUACUCACCUUCAGAAAAUGUUGGAACAGGUGAAUGCAGUGACUGGGGCUCUGUUCACCUCCAAAGUCCUGAAAGAAAGAGCAGAAAAGACGGAUGCCCUGGGGCCCUGUGAAAGUGUGAGUGGAGAGCAGGUGUAUGACUGGAGCUCUGGCCUGGACGAGUCAGAUGACUCCCAACUCUACUUCUCCCCUGACCAGGGCAACGUGGUCUUCGCCAGUGCCGUAGAUGGAUGGGGCUUCAGCAUCCAGCAGUUUGCCCAGCUGUACAGUCAGAAAAUGGGGAUCAAGACUGAAGUGCUGCUCAAAACCCUGUGGGGAGAUUUUUACCUCAAUGCCAAAGCAAAGAAGAUCAUGAAGGGAGCGCAGUCAAAAGGGAAAAAGCCCCUAUUUGUUCAACUUGUCCUGGACAACAUUUGGAGUUUAUAUGAUGCUGUUGUUACCAGAAGAGACAAAGAUAAAAUUGACAAGAUGGUGAACUCCCUGGGUUUGAAAGUAUCUGCGAGAGACUCGAGGCACACUGACCCCAGAGUGCUCCUCAGUGCCAUCUGCAGUCAGUGGCUUCCUGUCUCACAGGCUGUGCUCACCAUGGUGUGUAACAAGCUCCCCAGUCCUCUAGACAUCCCUGCGGAAAGGGUGGAAAAGCUAAUGUGUGUUGGAGUGAGAACGUUCAAUUCUCUACCUGAGAAAACCCAAGAGCUCAAAAGAGCAUUCCUGGAGUGUAAGAGCGAGGGCGACACGCCAGUUAUUGUGUUUGUCUCCAAGAUGUUUGCUGUUGACACAAAGGGAUUGCCACAAAACAAGAAGAGGCCAUUGACUCAAGAGGAAAUAGCUCUGCGGAGGGAGCAGGCCAGGCGGAGACAUGCAGAGAGACUCGCGGGCUCUCAGGAGCCAGACAGCCCAGAGCAGCCAGAGACGGGGUCUGGGUCUGUGCCUGAUGCAGCAGCGUCCUGUGGGGAGAGCACCAAAGGAGUGGACAUGCUUUCUGGUCAGAUGGAGACCAUGGCCCUGAAAGCUAACAGGCCAGAGGAGGAGAACAAGGAGCACUUUAUUGCCUUUGCCAGGGUGUACAGUGGGGUGGUGCGGAGAGGCCAGAGGGUGUUUGUUUUGGGUCCCAAAUACGAUCCGGCUGAAGCUUCACACAAGCUGCCGGAAGGCUGUUCUGCUGCAGAUGAUCUCCCAUCAGUACCUCACUUGGCUUGUUGCACACUGGAGAAUCUCUACCUGCUGAUGGGGAGAGAACUAGAGGAGCUGGAAGAGGUGCCCUCAGGCAAUGUGCUCGGUAUUGGAGGGAUGGAGGAGUGGAUAUUGAAGUCAGCCACCAUAUCAACCUCUCCAGCCUGUCCUCCCUUCACCCCACUCAAUUUUGAGGCCACGCCCAUCGUCCGUGUAGCUGUGGAGCCCAAGCAUCCAAGUGAGAUGCCAAAGCUGGUACGUGGAAUGAAGCUACUUAACCAGGCUGACCCCUGCGCUGAGGUGCUCAUCCAGGAGACUGGGGAGCAUGUGCUGGUGACGGCAGGAGAGGUCCACCUGCAGCGCUGCUUGGAUGACCUGAGACAGAGGUUUGCCAAGAUAGAAAUCGGUGUAUCUGAACCCAUCAUCCCAUUUAAAGAGACUGUCAUCCGCCCUCCGAAGGUAGACAUGGUGAAUGAAGACAUUGGGAAGCAGCAGAAGGUAGCUGUGAUACACCAGGUGAGAGAGGAGCAGUUAAAGUAUCCCGAAGGCAUCCAGGUCGAUUCUAACGGGCUGGUCACACUCACUACUUCCAACAAGCUGGCUACCAUCGGGGUCAGGGCCAUGCCACUGCCAGAAGAAGUCACCCAUCUACUGGAGCAGAGCAGCGACCUCAUCCGCACAAUGGAGCACUUCAACUUAUCCGUGAAGGAGGGCAAGAAAGCCCUUGAGAUCAAUCCGAAAAUGCUGGAGUCUAUUCAUGACUUCAAGGAGAAGCUGGAGUCUCUGUUACAAGGACGGAAAUGGAGGAAUGCUGUCAACCACAUUUGGACAUUUGGGCCUCGGCGAUGUGGCCCUAAUAUUUUACUCAAUAACCUGGAAGGCUACCAGCGUCCCUCAGUGUGGCAGUGUCUAGACACAGAGAGGGUGGAGGCUGGGCAGUACCGUGAUUUGGACAACAGCAUAGUCAGUGGGUUCCAGCUGGCCACACUUUCAGGGCCCAUGUGUGAGGAGCCUCUGAUGGGAGUUUGCUUUUCUGUGGAGUUGUGGGACAUGAAAGCCCCGCAGGUCCCUGCCGCGGCGCCCCCACCUGCACAAGCAGCCCCCAAGGCCGACAGCCCCGGCCCCGCUCCUCACACCGCCGGCGAGGAAGCUCUGGGGCUGCAAGCCCAGCUCGCUGCGCCGCCCAGCAAACGCAGAAGUGAAGCGGCCGUCCCUGACUGCUACGGGCCGUUCUCGGGGCAGCUCAUAGCAGCCAUGAAGGAAGCCUGUCGAUAUGCCUUCCAGGCAAAACCCCAGCGCCUCAUGGCCGCGAUGUACACCUGUGAAAUCAUGGCCACCGCAGACGUACUAGGUCGCGUCUACGGCGUCCUGUCCAAGAGAGAAGGCCGCGUGCUGCUGGAGGAGAUGAAGGAAGGCACAGACAUGUUCAUCAUCAAGGCCAUCCUCCCGGUCGCGGAGAGCUUCGGCUUUGCCGAUGAGAUCCGGAAACGGACGAGCGGCUUGGCCAGUCCCCAGCUGGUGUUUAGCCACUGGGAGGUGAUCUCAAGUGACCCGUUCUGGGUGCCUACCACAGAAGAGGAGUACCUGCACUUUGGGGAGAAGGCAGACUCUGAGAACCAGGCACGCAAAUACAUGAAUGCUGUUCGCAAGCGCAAAGGGCUGUAUGUGGAAGAGAAGAUUGUGGAACAUGCAGAAAAGCAAAGAACUCUAAGCAAAAACAAGUAGCCCCACUCAGCAUGGGCCCUAGGCAGCAUGGAACAGUGGACAAAUAGGUAUUAAAUGAGACAACACCCCUUAUUCACAAGAAUAGAACAAGACUGAAUCUGGUGUGGAGGAUGUCACCCCAGGUGCAUUAUAGGCAUGACACUCAGAACAAGUAUUUCCAUCACUAAACCUAUUUAUGACUCACAUCCAUUAACAUUGUUGUGAAAAUAAUAAUUUAAAAAUACUGGUGUUUGAAUGUUUGCCUAAUUGCUUCUUUAUUUUAGGCUGGUUCAUUAUUUUGAUUGCUUUUUUUGCCAUUCAUGUGAACAAGGUGCACCCAGCUAGAUAUUUCAGGAUGAAAUUUAAUGUUUUUGUAUUGCUGCUGAAAGGCUGUAUGGAUCUUAGAACUCUGACCACUGGCUAGAAAGAGUCAAGUCCAUGAUGGUCAUUAAUAAACCACGGAUGUUACACCAGAGUAGACACAA